AUUUAGUUCGCUUUGCUAACUGCGACGUUGUCGCAUUCCCAGAAGUAGAACACCUCUCUCUGUCCCUCAAGUGAUCAACGAUCGUACGACACGCUCCUUGACGACCUCAACGAAUUCCCCGGCUAUUUACGCGUUAGAAAAGUUUCUUCCUCUGGGGUUUUAGUUUCUCGUUUAAAAAUUUGAAGACAGCACUAUCGACCAUAUUUUUACCAACGUCCGAAUCGCAAUCAAAAUGUCUUUCCAGAACUUCGAUACCUUCCAGAACCAGCACCCAGCGGCUGACGCAGCCGCCGCUGCUCCUGGUGCUCCAGCUACCGCUGACACUACCAUGACUGGCCAGGCCGACCCUUCAACUGCUCCGUUCCAGGGUCCAGCCCCAGGUGAUGGUGCCCCUGCUGUUCCUCAGCAAGGAAAUGAGGGCAAGACUACUCUCUGGAUGGGCGAGCUUGAGCCUUGGAUUGACGAGAACUUCGUCCGCAACCUUUGGUUCCAGAUGGGUGAACAGGUUAACGUGAAAAUGAUCCGCGAUAAAUUCUCUGGGAGCAAUGCCGGCUACUGCUUCGUUGACUUUGCCUCGCCCGCCGCUGCGGGUAAGGCCCUGUCUUUGAACGGCACCCCGAUGCCGAACACCAACCGCCUUUUUAAACUGAACUGGGCUACUGGCGGAGGCCUUGCUGACCGUAGCCGCGAUGACCGUGGCCCCGAGUACUCCAUCUUCGUCGGUGACCUAGGUCCCGAGGUCAACGAAUAUGUUCUCGUCUCUCUCUUCCAGAGCCGCUUCCCGUCCUGCAAGUCCGCUAAGAUCAUGACUGAUCCCAUCAGCGGCAUGUCUCGCGGUUACGGAUUUGUCCGUUUCUCUGACGAAAAUGACCAGCAGCGUGCGCUCAGCGAGAUGCAGGGAGUUUACUGCGGUAACCGUCCGAUGCGCAUCUCCACAGCUACCCCAAAGAACAAGGGUCCUGGUGUCGUUCCUGGUGGUAUGGGCAUGCCCGGUCCGGCUGGCAUGUACCCUCCUAUGGGUGCUCCUCCUAUGGGCUUCUACGGUGCUCCUCAGCCCAUGAACCAGUUCACCGACCCCAACAACACAACCGUCUUCGUCGGUGGCCUUUCCGGAUAUGUUACCGAGGAUGAGCUCCGCUCGUUCUUCCAGGGAUUUGGUGAGAUCACCUACGUCAAAAUCCCGCCCGGCAAGGGAUGCGGCUUCGUUCAAUUCGUUCAGCGUCACGCCGCAGAGAUGGCCAUCAACCAGAUGCAGGGAUACCCAAUCGGUAACUCUCGCGUGCGUUUGAGCUGGGGUCGCUCGCAGAACAACUCCGGCCCUGCCGGCAGCCCUUACCGCCCCGCUCCCCCUCCUCCUCCUAUGUACCUUCCCCCUCAGCACCAGUAUGGUGGCGGUUUCGCACCUAUGAAGGUAAGUUUUCGCUAGCUCCCCCGAUUUUAUUGGUCUUCUUUGGUGGUAUGUUUCUAAUCCGUUAUACCCAUAGUAAAAAAAUUUAGCGUUCCUUCUUGUCAAAAGGAGCAACAGGAGUUCCGU